GGAGGAGACCCAAAAAAGGUCUCUGCGCCUCCUUUCGGCUCCAGCGAUGGCAGAUGGAAACCCUAAUUCGAACCCCGGCGUCCUCGAAAGCUUGGGCGAGGAGAUCGUCCGCAUCGUCGCUCCUGUUUCCGCCUGCAUGCUCCUUGUUGUCCUCCUUGUCACCUCUCUCCACGCUGGCGGCGACGGGGGAAGCGCCGUUACCUCCAUCGCUACCAUCGCCUACUCUGAGGAAGCCUCCGAUUCCUUUUGGGACAAACUGGAAGGCGCCCUCCUCAACUCCCUCGUCUUCGUCGUCGUCAUCACGGUCCUCACCUUCCUCCUCGUCCUCCUCUUCUACUUCCGAUGCAUGCGGUUCCUGAAGUCGUACAUGGCCUUCUCCUCCUUCGUCGUCCUCGGCUUACUUGGCGGACAGAUCUUUCUGUUUCUCAUCGCGAGGUUCUACGUACCCAUUGAUGUAGUCACCUUCUCGCUCCUCUUGCUCAAUUUCUCCGUCGUUGGAGUUAUGGCGGUGUUCUUGUCGAAAGUUCCGAUCUUGGUUAACCAGGGGUACUUGGUGACGAUAGGGGUGCUCGUGGCCUACUGGUUUACGCUUCUACCGGAGUGGACCACCUGGGCUCUUCUGGUCGCGAUGUCCUUGUACGACCUGGCUGCUGUUCUGUUACCUGGCGGGCCCUUGAGGCUUCUGGUGGAGCUGGCAAUCUCCAGAGAUGAAGAAUUACCUGCAUUAGUUUACGAGGCAAGGCCAGUGGAGCAGAAUCAACCGGGGGCUGGAAGGAGGCUGUGGAGAGAAAGGAGGGAUACUGCUACUAAUUCUAGUUCAAACUUAAAUGGUCUGGAAGCUGGAAAUCCAAAUCCACAAUCACAGGAAGCAAAUCUGGUCGUUGCUGAAGAAGAUGCAGCUGUUUCAGCAGUGACGGCCCCAUUGCUACCGCCGCAAUUGGAAAGGCGCAGAGAAGAAGAUGCAGAAGGAAUUGGAUUAGGUUCUUCAGGAGCAAUCAAGCUGGGGCUGGGGGAUUUCAUAUUUUACAGCGUUCUAGUCGGUAGAGCAGCACUAUAUGAUUUCAUGACAGUAUACGCUUGUUAUCUCGCCAUCAUGGCCGGGCUUGCUAUCACUUUGUUACUUUUGGCAGUUUACCGCAAGGCAUUGCCGGCUCUUCCAGUAUCCAUUGCUCUUGGUAUACUCUUCUAUCUCUUGACAAGGUAUUCAUUGGAAGUGUUUAUGGUCCAAUGUUCAACAAAUCUUUUGAUGUUCUAACAUAUACGGAAUUGUUGUUGAAAAGGAAACAACUGAAACUUGUUUGCAAA